AUGCUUUAUUGGCCGAAACUGUUGAUAACAGCUUUUGCAAUAACCAAUACAUUGGAGGCAUUUAUUCCUUUGUAUCUUGUAAAUCAGUUACAAUUGACUGCAUUGCAAGCUGCCUGCCUUGUAGCGCUUGUCUAUGUGUUGAGAUUAGUGUCUGGUGUAUGGACGGCUGCUGUGGAUCAGCGGCCUCACAUGUACGGAUAUCUCAUCUCAUUGUUGACCACUGUAUCGUCUAUUGCCUUCAUCCUACUUUUAACAUUGAUCUCGACCCUGUACGCCGAUUUAAAAGUGCAUUGGAUGUGGACUCUCUUGCUCAUUUGCACUGUCUGCAACGGACUGUUCUAUCAGCCAUUGGGAACACUGAUUGAUAGUGCCAUCAUCAAGACAUUGGGAGAUUACAGAGUACUCUUUUAUGGGUCAUAUGUGCGAUGGAGUAAGACGACUACUAUCGUCAUGACCGGAAGCAUCGGUCUACUUAUCAGUACAAUGACAGAAGAUAGAUAUUUAUAUAACAUCCUUAUUGGUGUUUAUACGAUUGGAAUGGUGCUCUUGCUUGUCACUGCGCUUGUAUUUACAGCUGUAGAACCAGCCAAUGCAUCUCAACUGAAUAUCAGCGAUGAACAGGCUCCACUCUUGUUGAAAAAUGCACUCUUUCUCACAGCUGAUCAAAACAAUCUUGUCACCUAUCGCCCGUACAGCAUAUUUGGAGAACAACUCUCCCACAUUUCUGAAGAAGAUGCUAGUCAGUUGGAUCGCAUGUUUACAAGAGAAGAAUCACUGAGACUGAUGGAUAGCUACGACAGCAAUGCACCCUCCUUUUACAGCAGAAACAGCUACAUGUCGGGAAGUGCCCUUCAAGUGGACCCAGAAGACACCCAUGCCAACUAUCUGUCCAUGACACUUGUACCCACUGUGCCCGCCAAUGCACUCGCCCUGCUACCACUGCCUACACCCACGGAUCCCUUGGUAGCUUUCUUUUCUUGCAUGCGAUCAAAGCAAGACACCGCAGACGAUGAGCUUGUAGGCGGCUACUAUUAUGGACAGCCCCCACCACAGAACCAAAAAGUCAAUCAAUGGAAGACACAGACACUCUCCGUGACGAUGCUGUUGUUGGGCAUUGCCAAUGCGCUGAUGAACACAUUCCUAUAUGUCUAUGUUUAUUCGCUUCUGGAAAUGUCGAUUUAUAUCAUCUCUUGUUUGAUAAUGAUUCAUAUGACCUGCGAGAUGAUUGUUGCCUAUAUCAUUGAAAAGUGGUUUAUUCAUGGAUUAAAUUUAACUUUAAUCACAACAUCUGUGCAUAUCACUCUAAUUAUCUGUGCCAUCUUGUAUCCAUGUUUGAAACCGGAUAGUGUUGCGACACAUGUUUCAUUGUUGGUGUUGCAGGCUUUACAAGCUAUCGCAUUUCAACUCAUUUGGCUCAGCGGUGCAGAUCAAGUCAAUUUAAUCCAUUGGAGUCAAUACGAAAGAAUGAAACAAAGAUCAAGAAUCUCAGCACUGUAUAGUAGCGUUGGUCCUGCGCUUGGUGUCAUGGUUGCUGGUUAUGUCUUGCAGUCGGACCAAACCAUGGAAGAUUAUACCCUCAUCUUCAAGUGCUGUGUCGCUUUAUUUUCGUUAAGCUUCGUUGUCUCUUGGGGUUGGACCUCGGAAGAGUAA